UCACAAAACUUCCCAUCUCCCUUUCACUCUUCUCUUUUCUUCCUCUCUCUUUCCCUUCUACCACCCCACCACAUUAUUCUGCCAUCACAUGUUGUCUUCUUAAUUCCUCGAUCAGAACAACAUUCAUCUUUAUCUGUCCUGCUCUCGGGUUUGAAUUUCCGUGAUCGAUAUACAUCUGCCAAGUUCACGAUCUUCUGACGGUCAAGUGGGUGGAUGGGAUCUGUUUGAAGAUGUGACCCGACUAUUAGAUCCGCAAUGGAGGAUUUGUAAACUGAGACGCCGCAUAGUGGAAGCUUAACAUGGGAACUCCGGUUAACAUAAUCGUCGGUUCUCACGUCUGGGUCGAAGACCCGGACGUGGCUUGGAUUGACGGACAAGUAUUGAAGAUCACCGGGAAUGAUGCUGAGAUCGAAAAAACCAAUGGAAAGAAGGUUACCGCGAAUUUGUCCAAAAUAUAUCCAAAAGAUAUGGAGGCUCCUGCUGGUGGGGUCGAUGACAUGACGAAGUUAUCUUACUUGCACGAGCCUGGAGUCCUUCAGAAUCUCAAGACGAGAUACGAACUAAAUGAGAUUUAUACGUAUACGGGGAACAUCCUUAUCGCGAUAAACCCAUUCCAAAGACUUCCUCAUCUCUAUGAUGGGCAUAUGAUGCAGCAGUACAAGGGUGCGCCACUCGGGGAACUGAGCCCUCACGUUUUUGCUGUUGCCGAUGUGGCAUACAGGGCGAUGAUCAAUGAGGGAAAGAGCAACUCUAUUCUCGUCAGUGGUGAGAGUGGAGCUGGUAAGACCGAGACCACGAAGAUGCUCAUGAGAUAUCUUGCUUUUCUAGGAGGCCGAGCUGCGAAGACUGAAGGACGGACAGUCGAACAACAAGUUCUAGAAUCAAACCCUGUGCUUGAAGCCUUCGGCAAUGCAAAAACUGUUAGGAACAAUAAUUCCAGUCGCUUUGGGAAGUUCGUCGAGAUACAGUUCGAUAAGCAAGGAAGGAUAUCAGGAGCAGCCAUUAGAACUUACCUGCUCGAGAGAUCUCGGGUUUGCCAGAUUAAUGAUCCGGAGCGCAAUUAUCACUGUUUCUACCUCCUUUGUGCAGCCCCACAGGAGGAAAUAGAGAAAUACAAGUUAGCAAACCCGAAGUCGUUCCAUUACCUCAAUCAGUCAAAGUGCUACGAACUGGUCGGUGUAAGCGAUGCGCAUGACUAUCUUGCCACCAGACGAGCUAUGGACAUUGUAGGAAUUGGUGCUAAGGACCAGGAAGCAAUAUUCAGAGUUGUCGCAGCAAUACUCCAUCUUGGAAAUAUUGAUUUUGCCAAGGGGAAGGAGGUCGACUCCUCAGUUCCAAAGGAUGACCAGGCAAAAUUCCAUCUGAAAAUGACAGCAGAACUUCUCAUGUGUGACCCUGUCGCUUUGGAAGAUGCAUUAUGUAAGCGUGUCAUGAUCACCCCUGAAGAGGUAAUUAAGCGGAGCCUCGACCCUCAAAGUGCAAUAAUUAGUAGGGAUGGGUUAGCUAAGACCAUAUACUCUCGACUGUUCGACUGGUUGGUCGACAAAAUCAAUUGUUCAAUUGGACAAGACCCCAAUUCCAAGUCUCUGAUUGGGGUCCUCGAUAUAUACGGAUUUGAAAGUUUCAAAACAAACAGCUUCGAACAGUUCUGCAUUAAUUUCACCAACGAGAAGUUGCAGCAGCACUUCAACCAGCACGUCUUUAAGAUGGAACAAGAAGAGUACACGAAAGAGCAGAUUGAUUGGAGCUACAUAGAGUUUGUCGACAAUCAAGAUGUCUUGGAUCUCAUUGAAAAGAAACCGGGUGGAAUUGUUGCCCUGCUUGAUGAAGCCUGCAUGUUUCCAAAGUCGACACACGAGACGUUCUCGAAUAAGCUUUAUCAGACAUUCAAGAACCACAAGCGGUUCAUCAAACCGAAACUGUCACGUACCGAUUUCACCAUAGCGCAUUAUGCUGGAGAGGUCCUCUACCAAUCUGACCAAUUCUUGGACAAGAACAAGGAUUACGUGGUCCCCGAGCAUCAGGAUCUGUUGGGCGUAUCAAAGUGUACCUUCGUAGCUGGCCUUUUUCCUCCUCCCCCUGAGGAAACAUUGAAAUCUUCCAAGUUUUCUUCCAUUGGUUCUCGGUUUAAGCUACAACUGCAACAGUUGAUGGAGACUUUAAAUUCCACCCAGCCUCACUAUAUCAGAUGUGUAAAGCCGAACAAUCAACUUAAGCCUGCAAUCUUCGAGAACGUUAAUAUCAUGCAGCAACUGCGUUGUGGUGGUGUCCUAGAGGCAAUUAGAAUCAGCUGUGCAGGAUACCCUACCCGCCGCCCCUUCUUUGAGUUCAUAAACCGAUUCGGGCUUCUCGCUCCAGAGUUGGUCGAUGGAAACCAUGAUGAAAAGGUUGUCUGCCAGAAGAUUCUUGAGAGGAAGGGACUCAAAGGGUAUCAGAUUGGUAAGACGAAAGUCUUCCUGAGAGCAGGUCAGAUGGCCGAAUUAGACGCAAGGAGGGCAGAGGUGCUCAGCAGUGCAGCAAAAACGAUCCAACGGCGUAUCAGGACUCACAUCGCUUGGAAACGGUUUAUAGCCCUUAGGGAGGCCAGCAUUGUCUUGCAAUCAGUGUUUAGAGGAAGGUUAGCUUGUAAACUUUAUGAGAACUUGAGAAGGGAGGCAGCUGCACUGAAGAUUCAGAAGAACGUUCGGAGACAACAUGCUAGAAACAAAUAUGGCAAGCUCCGACUCUCAGUGCUUGACCUGCAAACGGGUCUCAGGGCAAUGGCCGCUCGUAAGGAGUUUAGGUUUAGGAAAAGAACCAAAGCAUCAACUAUUAUCCAGGCACGGUAUCGUUGCCAUAGAGCGCAGUCCUAUUACAAGAAACUAAAGAGAGGAGCCAUAGUGGGACAAUGUAGAUGGAGAGGACGAGUUGCAAAGAGGGAGCUUCGAAAACUCAAAAUGGCUGCUAGAGAAACUGGUGCGCUAAAAGAAGCAAAGGACAAGCUUGAGAAACACGUGGAAGAACUCACCUGGCGUUUGCAACUGGAGAAACGUUUGCGAACUGAUCUGGAAGAGGCAAAGGCACAGGAGGUAUCAAAGUUGCAGAACCAAUUGCAGGAGUUGCAGAGUAAGGUGGAUGAAACCAAUGCCUUGCUCGUCAAGGAAAGGGAGACGGCAAAGAAGGCCAUCGAGGAAGCUCCUCCUGUUAUCCAAGAAACCAAGGUCUUCGUCGAGGACACUGAAAAGAUCGAAUCCCUAACAUCAGAAGUAGAGAACCUAAAGGCCACUCUUGAAUCAGAGAAACAACGAGCAAAUGAAGCUGACAAGAAGUACACGGAAGCCCACGAGACGAGUGAAGAGAGGAGGGUAAAGUUGGAAGAGACGGACAAAAAAGUUCGUCAACUCCAGGAAACUCUCAGAGGGUUAGAAGAGAAGAUCACGAACUUGGAAUCGGAAAAUCAAGUCCUCCGGCAACAGGCAGUCUCUAUGGCACCAAACAAGUUCCUCUCUGGUCGUUCGAGAUCAAUCCUUCAGAGAGGCAGUGAAAGUGGUCAUCUCUCGCACGAUUCAAGAGCAAGUCUGUUACAGGACCUGCAUAGCCACUCGAUAAACCACCGAGACUCAGAAGUGGAUGAUAGGCCACAAAAAUCCCUGAACGAAAAGCAGCAGGAGAAUCAGGAACUACUAAUCCGGUGUAUUGCGCAGCACCUUGGCUUCGCUGGGAACCGUCCGAUUGCUGCCUGCAUCAUAUACAAGUGCCUCCUGCACUGGCGGUCAUUCGAGGUCGAGCGUACAAGUGUCUUUGAUCGGAUUAUUCAAACAAUAGGCAAUGCAAUCGAGACACAGGAUAACAACGACAUAUUGGCUUAUUGGUUAUCGAAUGCUUCCACACUUCUUUUACUGCUUCAGCGCACGCUGAAGGCAAGUGGGGCUGCUGGUAUGGCCCCACAGAGACGAAGAUCUUCGUCGGCUACCCUCUUUGGGAGGAUGACCCAAAGUUUCCGGGGCGCACCUCAGGGAGUCAAUCUUUCCUUGAUCAAUGGAACGAUUGGAGGUUCAGACAGUUUACGGCAAGUCGAAGCAAAAUACCCAGCUUUGCUCUUCAAGCAGCAGCUCACAGCAUAUGUGGAAAAGAUCUACGGGAUGAUCCGAGAUAAUCUUAAGAAGGAGAUUUCUCCUUUGCUCGGAUUAUGUAUUCAGGCACCUAGGACUUCGAGAGCGAGCUUAGUUAAGGGAGCAUCUCGUUCAGUAGCUAGCACAGCGGCCCAGCAGACUUUGAUCGCUCACUGGCAAGGAAUCGUGAAGAGCCUCGGGAACUUCUUAGAUACCUUGAAAGCAAAUCAUGUGCCGCCAUUUUUGGUCCGUAAGGUAUUUAUACAGAUAUUCUCAUUCAUCAACGUCCAGCUAUUUAACAGCCUCCUGUUGAGAAGAGAGUGCUGCUCCUUCAGUAACGGUGAAUACGUAAAGGCCGGUCUUGCCGAGCUUGAACACUGGUGCUACAAAGCAACAGAUGAGUAUGCAGGUUCCGCGUGGGAUGAGUUGAAGCACAUAAGACAGGCGAUCGGUUUUCUGGUCAUACACCAGAAACCGAAGAAGACUCUUGAUGAAAUAAGCCACGAUUUAUGUCCGGUGCUUAGUAUACAGCAGCUGUAUCGGAUCAGUACGAUGUACUGGGACGACAAGUAUGGGACUCACAGUGUGUCUCCAGAUGUCAUAUCCAAUAUGAGGGUGCUGAUGACCGAAGAUUCCAACAAUGCAGUCAGUAGUUCCUUCCUUCUUGAUGAUGAUUCCAGUAUUCCGUUCUCGGUGGAUGAUAUAUCGAAGUCGAUGGAGCAGAUAGACAUAUCUGACAUCGAGCCUCCACCACUUAUCCGAGAGAACUCAGGCUUCAGUUUCUUGUUGCCCCGUGCUGACUAAACAUCGACAAGAUUUGGCACCGAGAGAUUAACGUGAAAGAAUCACAUCACAGCCCUUUCAAGCUUCGGAUCACCAUUGAAAUAUCUGCAUUUACACAGAUCUACCCGGGCUCAAACACCAAAGUGUGUUGAGCAUACAGUCCAUUGACUCUAAGGGAGAUUUCCUCAUUACAUGUAGUAUCGGCUUCUAGUCGGGAAAAGAAAGUUUUUGGUUAGAUGUAUUAUUUACAUCAAUUUACAGCCAUAGAGUGUUUUUCUGGAUUUUGUAAAUAAUCGAUCCCCGAAUUUAACAGCGAGCGCCUUGACAGAAACUUUUCAGUAAUCGCAGCUGGAAUUAUGAGGUUGUAAACGUGAAUUUUCGCCAGCAAAUUAAUUAUAUCCUCCAGUUUCCGGUGUUGCUUGUAAAA